AUGACUCUGAACUUACUUUUCCAAUACACAUACAUACCAGCAGGUUCCCAGAAGGUGGGUUCCCAGAAUAAGAAGCCAGCCAUUAGGCGACACCUGAAGACGGUCCACCGUAACACUUCUGUGUAUGAAGACGUGGCCCGGCGCCUCCAGGAACAAAGCUAUGUUCGACACGCCCACCAAUGUCGCACCAAGUUCAAGGCUCUCAAGGUGGCUUACAAGAAGGCUCAGGCCGCAGUCUUGCGCUCUGGGACGGCCCCUCAAGGAUGUCCCUUUUAUGAAGAAAUGAAUCGGAUGCUACAGACCCAGGUCGCGACUGCCAGCCCUAAGCACCCGUUAGAGCAGGAGCAAGAGCAGCAGGGUGAUCCGAAUUAUUCCAAAUGGCAAGGUAGAGAUGGGGAGACUAGGAAGGAGCAGGAGGGAGUCCCGGAGGGGUGUCCACCUCAGCCCUACAAGCAGCAGCAGCCGCGGCGCCGGCCCGAGACUGAGCAUCUGCUUAAGGCCGAGGGAGUAGAGCGGCCAGGUGAUUUAAACCCAGAAAGCCAAUCUCCAGCCGAGGCAGGAAAUGACUGUAGCAAAAGCAGUCAUAACUCUGAGACUGGUUUCCAGAGAAAACCGGACCAAAGUCUGUCCCAAAGGGAGAUACUAUCACCACCAAGCCCACCAGCCCCAGUAGUGACCCCCAUCCUCUAUGGAACACUAUCUGGCCGGGUCCACCAGUUUCCACCAAGGGACCGCAAUUUCAGGAAGCACCAAACAGUAGCUGCCAUGAUUGCCUCCGAAAUGGCCGAGAAUCGCCGCCUGGUCAGUCAGCUGGCACGGGAGUCAGCGACUCAACUGCAGUGCCUUCUGGACCAGCACAAUGCACACAUGGCAGCCCUGGUUCAGAUGGCACAAGACAGUUAUGCUCAGCACCAAGAAGUAGUGGCUAUCUUGCAAGAUGUUGCAGAUGAUGUCCAUGAAGGAGUAGCAAAACUAUUGAGGUCUUCUGUUGACUACCUGGGUCAUAAGGAAUAA